AUGACUGGCCGAAACCGAAGUGGAUCAACUAAUAGUAAUGGUGCCAAUGAUGCAGCAAUGGAACACCUUAUCAACAAGGUAUGUGCAAAUUUUGUAAACCAGUUAGAAACCAAAUUUGAAAAACAGCUUGAUAAACUCCAUGAUAAGUUGUCGGACAUGUCGGAGUCACUCAACAAAAUGAGUGCGUCGGUCACGGUCAACACGAACUCUAUUACGAAUCUUGUAAAGAGAAGUGACCAAUUUGAACAACUACAUAAGAAGAACUCGCUGAGAAUUUAUGGAAUAGUGGAACGUGAUAAUGAGAAUACCCCCGAAACCAUUGUGGAAUUUAUCAAUAAAGAACUAGGCGUUGAAUGCUCGAGACGUGAUUUGGAUAUGGCAUUUCGCCUCGACCAGAUGAGUUCUGAAAAACCAAGGGCUAUAUUGGUGAACUUCACCUCAAAUAUCUUGAAAAACGAUAUUAUGAGUGCGAAGCGUAAGCUGAAAAAUUCCCCGAUAUCAAUUUACGAAGACCUGAGCAAAUCACUGUAUGAACUUCUUCGUAAAGCAAAACAUAAAUAUGGUUCCAGAAACGCGUGGGCAUCUGCCGGAAAAAUUUUCGUUAAGCAAGGCGAAUCCAAAAAGCAAAUUUCAAGUAACGCUGACCUGUAA